AUGGCCACCGAGGUUGAGCAACCCGUGGCUUUGUCCACUCCUGCCCCUGGGGUUUCUACCCCCAACUCUACCACCUCCGCCUCCAUUCCGACUCCCGUCUCUGCCGGCAUCAAGAAGGAGACCCCCUCUCCCUCAGCAAAUGGCAGUUCCCAAUCAAGACGACCUCCCCGCAAGAGCACCCUAACUCAACAGCAGAAAAACCAGAAGCGACAACGCGCCACUCAGGACCAGCUGACAACUUUGGAGAUGGAGUUCAACAAGAACCCUACACCUACCGCUACCGUUCGUGAGAGGAUUGCCGAGGAGAUCAAUAUGACCGAGAGGUCUGUUCAGAUCUGGUUCCAGAACAGGCGAGCCAAGAUCAAGCUGUUGGCCAAGAAGAGCCUCGAGACGGGCGAGGACAUUGACUCGAUCCCCGAGUCCAUGCGAGCCUACCUCGCCAUGCAGGCUAUGGAGUCUGGCAAGGGACUCGGUGGAAGCUAUCUCGGACGAACUGGACUCGUGCCUUUUGGCCACGGCAACAUGCUCCUCGGCGGUGACCAAGGCGGUCAGGGCAAAGUUUUGAUUCACCAUCUUACUUGCCGGUCUCUCAGCAUCGGAAAGUGGACUCGUGUGGGACAGAACACGAUGGAUCUCAUCAUCUUCUACUCUCCUGACAAGUGCACCAUGACCUACUACAUCAAUAAUGAGCAGGCUGGGUACAAGAUCGAGUAUCCCUUCUCACACAUCAAGAACAUCUUCCUCGAGAACAGCGAGGGAGACCCUACCAAGCUCGGCGGGAUUGUCAUUGAGUUGAACAGGCCCCCGAACUUCUUCAUGGACUCUUCGCCCACCACCAACGGCUUCUUCCAGUGCGGCGACUUCACCGAAGACCUCCAGGCCACUCAGUGCCUGGUUCACCACCUCGGCGGUAACCCCAAGGUUCUCAGCGGCCAGCUUGCCAAGCUUGUUUCUCUCGAGUCCUUCAUGAACCGCCACAACCCUCAUCCCUUUGGCGACCCCCAUGCGCUGUCCGUCUCAGCCCCUGUCUCGCCGACUGCCCGGCCCUCGUCGCAACCCAGCUUUCAACCGCACGUGGGCAUGUUCCAGGAGCAAUGGGGAAUCCACCAGAUGCACUCGGGUAUGCGUCCUGGUCCUGGACACAAGCGCCAGCGUAGUCGAUCCGUCCCCGGCCCUGUCGAUUUCGCUAUGUUCCAGAACCAGCCGAUGCCCUCGUUUUACAUCCAGCCUCCCGGCGAGAUGGCUCCUCCUCAGCACAACCCCAACAUUUUCGCCCCUAUUCCUCAGCCUCCCACCAACAACAUGGCUCCCAACCUGCGCAUCGAUACACAGGCCGGCUUUGGCCUGGACAUGCGACAGUACCCCAUGUCGGCCACCACUGCAUCCCCCGCUGAGUUUCCUCCCAGCCCAGGCUUCUUCCCACCUGGUCCGGAUCCCAGCGGCAUGCCCCAGUCGAGCUACAACACACCUUACAGCAACGGAUUCCUUUCGCCCAUGAUCAAUCCUGACACGGGCGUUCCGACAUCUGUUUCGCCUCUCCCCUUUAACAGCCCCGGCGAGCCGUCCAUUGUUGAGCAGUCACCCCCCAUGACUAUGAUGGGCCGCCCCGGCUCGGCUGAUCUCUACCCCGUUAACGACGGGUCGUGCGCUGUUUCCGAGGAUGGCACGAGCCUCAACGAGAUGUAUUCCAAGCACACCAUCAACCUGCCGAUGCACACCGCAUCGCCUGGGUUCGGGCAGCCCCAACAGGCUGAGCUGGACAUGGACCAACUUGUCCAGUUCGAUGCCGUGGACCCUGCAAGCCUGUCCCCUGAGACAAUGCCUCCAGUUCCCCAGUGA